AUGAGCGGCCGCAAGAUCGCGGCUGCAACGGUGCAAAAUCGUACACAGACUCCAUUUUGGUCAUGGAUUCGGAACAAAUUGCUAGCUGUCGACAGGCUUCCCGUCACUCCACCACCGGGAAUUCCUACACCUGAGGGAAAGGCUGCGUAUCAUAAUCCUUUGCGUUUUCCCAAAACGCAGUCGGCUCGGCCAGGUUCAGCUGAGCAUCCGGCUUUGCCGGGAGGUGUUCAUCACAAGUUGGCUGAGAACUACUACUUUACAAGAGAUGGUCGCCGUGAGGUUCUACCACCGAAUGCGCUGUACGCAGCAAACGCUCAAGGUGUGCACUAUGGGACAUAUGCAGGAGAUGCACUAACUCGUGAAGAAGCCAUACAAGUCAACAAAGGUCCUAAUGCGAAUUUUGGUCUGGAAGCACCAACACCAGGCUUUGGUUUUGAAUGGAAGCGUUCACGAGAGACCGAGUUGGAGACACAGAAGAACGAUCCGGAAUUCGUGAAUCUAGAGCGUCUCGUCAACAUGCGCGUUUCGGCAGUUAGCAUGGGCAAACAUUUCGGAAUGCUCGGCAAAAUGUACGGCGAAUACCGAUUUGCUUUAGCUCCUAAUGAGCAGAAAGCGUUCAAAGGAUUCUUGGACCAAGCUUUUGUUAAGGUGUUCAAAACGUACAUAUGGGAUCAAUGGUACUACUUCCUACCUCAAACCAUUGGCGCGUAUCUUCUUUACGAUUGGGCAAAGAAGAGAAAUCACGAAGUGGGGAGGAAAAAUCCAGCUGACUUCGCCAAUGAUCAAUGA